AUGGUGAAUCCAGACUUUCUUAUCCCGCUGGAAACUCCCUGUGUCUUUUACGAUGAAGAUUUUUUGCCAAAAGGUGAUGCUGAUGGGUACUAUGCGAAACUGCUAAAGGAAAUCAAAUGGGAAAAAAGUGCAAAGAUCAAUCGCUGGGUUUCGUUGCAUCACAAUUUGACUGGCGAGGAGGACUACAAGUAUCGUGAUGCUCCAGGGGCAGCCCAACAAGGGUUCCAUGAAACAGUUGAUCACAUUCGUAAACUAGCAGAAGAUUGGUAUGAAAAAGAAGCCGGCCGAAGGGUGGAAUUCAACGUCUGUUUGCUCAAUUACUACGAAAAUGGUCAACAACGGAUAGGCUGGCAUUCCGAUCGCGAAGAGGUCGGACGAAGCACUCCCAUUGCAUCCAUCAGUUUGGGAACCCCUCGACAUUUUUUGAUCCGCUCCAAGGUCAACGGAGUCCAAGAUCGCGCCAGUUUGGACCUUGCCAAUGGCUCCCUCGUAAUAAUGGAAAAUGCAUGUCAAAUGGAAUACUUGCACAGUGUGCCGAAACAAACCGAGAUUGAAACGGGGCGGAUAAAUCUUACAUUUCGAUGCAAAGAAGAAGGUGACUUGACGUUAGGGGAAGAAGCACACGAAUUGCGAGACAAUUGCAUCAUGAAUUUGACAGAUGGCAUGGCCGCGGACGCCUCUGGAUGGUCUCCGGUAUCGGAUGCGACCAAGUCUGUCUUUGGCGACAAUGUUCGUUCCACAGAAUUGGAUCCCGACUAUCCCGAAAUAUAUUUCUUGGUCAGCACCAAUCUGGGAGCAGAACGGUAUUGUGCUGCCGAAAUGACGGAAGUACUAGACUCCGCUGGAUUACUAAUGGACAUGUGGAGCAUUGUCGCUGCCCCUAUGGGGUUGGAUGGACUGGUGGCCUGCUCGUCCAAGGAAAAGGAACCCGAUACUGAUCUCAUUCGCCAAAUCACCUCACUGUUUCUGAAUCUGCGCUCGGCGCAGCACGUCUUGAAUUAUCACAGUCAUUUUGGAUUGGAAGAGAUUGGGGAAGACCCUGCAAAAGUCGACGGCGAGACACUCUACCAAUAUUACAAGAAACAACUGGUAGAAGGGAAAAUGUCAGUCCCUCCUUUGGAGAAAUUAGGAAAGGGCACCUUCCGCGUCACUUGUGAACGAAUUGGUGGUCCACAUGCCUUUCAGUCUUCCCAAGUGCAGUUCGAAAUGGGUGGUGCCAUGGUGGAAUACUACUCGAAGAUCAAGCCCAAAAUGGAGGAUUACGAUGUCUGUGUCUAUGUCUUUGUCAUUGGAUAUCAAGUGGUAGUAGCAACCCAGCUCAAUGUCAACGACUUGUCCAAGGAAAGGCAUUUUCUACAGUUCCGCAAUGCUGUCACCAUCAAGACCAACCUUGCCUAUGCCAUGGUGCGAUUGGCAGACAUUACGGCUGGCGAUCGCAUCGCCGACCCAUUUUGUGGAAGUGGAACAUUGAUAUUGGAGGCGCUUGAAGUGUACCAUAAGAAACUUUUCUGUGUUGGAAUGGACGUAUCGAGAAGGAGUGCCAAUGGAGCGAAACAAAAUGCUGUGGCCGAGAAUUGUGGCGAUGAUGUUUGCAAGUUUGUUUGCUGUGACGCAAGAGGACUUCGAAAACAUCUCGAGGAUGAUUCUGUGGAUGCUAUCAUUAGCAACUUGCCAUGGGGUAUCAUGACUGGGCACAAGGACGUUUCGGACUUGAAAACCAUGUACGAAAUCUUUUUGCGAACGGCUUGGUACGUUCUGAAACCAGGUGGUAGAAUCGUCAUGUUGGUCUUGCGUGGCCUUCAAAUCACUCGGAUUGUGCGCAAGUUGAGUGGAAGAUUCCGACUUUUGAGCGUCAAUGUUGUCCGAACGACAAACAACCUACCUUGCAUUGUGGUAGUGGAAAAGCUGAAAGAGGACGAAAUCCGAGACUCCAUCAAGGGUCAGUUGGCACACUUCAAUCAGUACAUCAACGUCAGUCCCGAAAUCUACCACGCCAUUCACAACGAAGACAUAGAUGAACAAAUAUAA